GCACUUCCUCCUGUCAGACGCUUGCGCACUUGGCCCCACGCUCCUAGAAACAGCAUUGUAUUCAUGAUGGCUGCUGCCUUGGGACGGAAUCUUGUAACAUUGGUCAAGGGUGCGGGUGCUCCCCUGUGGCAGCCCGCGUGCGCCAGGGCCCUCAGUCUCACCGCCUGUCGCAAUGUCCCCGAGGCCCCCCCAGCGCGCGCCGACAGCACCUUCAAGGUUACCAUGGUACCUGGAGAUGGCGUCGGACCCGAGCUCAUGACUGCCGUCAAAGAAGUCUUCAAGGCCGGCGAUGUUCCGGUGGAGUUCGAGGAGUUCCAUCUGAGUGAGGUGCAGCACAUGGACAGUGAGGCUAAACUGGACGAGGUUCUGGCCUCCAUGAAGACCAACAGGGUGGCCAUGAAAGGAAAGAUUCAUACUCCCAUGGAGUUCAAAGGAGAGCUGGCAUCCUUUGAGAUGAAGCUAAGGAGGAAGCUGGACCUGUUUGCCAAUGUGGUUCAUGUGAAGAGUCUGCCGGGGUACAGCACACGCCACAACAACCUGGACAUGGUGGUCAUCCGCGAGCAGACAGAGGGAGAAUACAGCUCUCUGGAGCACGAGAGCGUGCCUGGUGUCAUCGAGUGUCUGAAGAUCAUCACCCGCGUCAAGUCUCGCCGCAUCGCCAAGUUUGCGUUCGACUACGCCACCAAGAAUGGCCGCAGCAAGGUCACAGCCGUGCACAAGGCCAACAUCAUGAAGCUGGGUGACGGCCUGUUCUUGCAGAGCUGUGCUGAGAUCGCAGAGCUGUACCCCAAAAUCAAGUAUGAGAACAUCAUCAUCGACAAUUGCUGCAUGCAGUUGGUGCAGAACCCUUACCAGUUUGAUGUGCUGGUGAUGCCCAAUCUCUAUGGCAACAUCAUCGACAACCUGGCAGCCGGGCUGGUGGGCGGAGCUGGGGUGGUGCCCGGAGAGAGCUACAGCGGAGAGUACGCCGUGUUCGAGACGGGGGCGCGGCACCCUUUUGCCCAGGCCGUGGGCAGGAACAUCGCCAACCCCACCGCCAUGCUCCUGAGUGCUGCCAACAUGCUGCGCCACCUCAAUCUGGAGUAUCACGCCAACAUGGUGUCUGAGGCGGUCAAAAGGGUCAUCAAGCAGGGCAAGGUGCGCACAAGUGACCUGGGAGGUUAUGCCAGCAGCGACGAGUUCACCCGUGCCGUCAUCUCCAACCUCGCCGCCUGAUCCUCUACUGGAUUCUCACCAGCAGACACUCCCUCACACACACACACACACACACACACAGACACACAGUGCCCCUCUUUAAAUGCCCCAGUACAAAAAGCGCACAAAGUUCCGCCAUAACCUCUUAAACAUGUCCAAUAAGUCCUUACGGCUGGACCAACGUCACUCACAUUCCAUACACCUGUAUUCUCUCUGCUGAUGCCAUUGGAUGAGGAACUAAUUUAAAAAAAAAAAAAAGACGUGUCUUUGAGAUGUCUGUGUAUUUAUUCUGCUAUUUAUUUGCUUUUAGAGUUUCUGCCACAUUUAUUCAUUUGUGGAAAUAAAGGAAGCAUCGGAGUCAA